GCUGAUGUCAUUAAGAUUUAAGUUAUGAGUCGUUAGUAUUGACAAACAAACUGAACUCAAAUUCAUUUAUUAACUCGUUAACCACUCAAGUUAGCGUGUUAUAGGUUUGAGUUCAAGCUCGAAGAGAAGCUCGAUAUCAACUCGCUUACACGUGUCCAUGUGUAUUUGAUAAGUCCCAAUCUCCAACUGUAGUGAACCGGGUGAGUCCAAACCGUUGGAAGGGUUUUAGGGUUUAAGAGCAAACAGAAAUUCCGCUGACCAGAAACUUCCCGUCCAGCUGCACCUAUCGUUUGCCAAUGGCGACUCACCUUGUAGAAGACGAAGAUAAACUAAACGACGCCCAAGUAGGCGCAUUACGACACACAUCCGAUUCCGACUCGGAAGAGGAGCUCGAGGACCACAAUUGGGAUGAGUGGAAAGACGACGACGAUGCCGUGGAGGAACAAGGCUCGAACCCUCAGUUGCUAUGUCUGUUCUGUGACUCUUCAUACGAUUCCUGCAUUUCCCUGUUCCAGCACUGCGUCUCGGCCCAUUUCUUCGAUUUUUUUGCAAUCAAGAAAGCUUAUAGCUUGGAUUUUUACAAGUGCUUUAAGUUCAUUAAUUUCGUCAGGUCUCAGGUGGCAAUAAACAAAUGCUGGAGUUGUGGAACGACUUGCAUAUCCAAGAAAGACUUGCAAAAGCACUUACAUGAGUCAGCUAACUUCGAUGGGAGCACUUUUCCGUGGGAUGAUGAUAAAUAUCUCAUACCUUUUAUGCAAGAUGACUCACUUCUAUACAGUUUUGAUGAGGAUGACGAUGAUGAUGAGGGGGGAGUAAUGCCCCUUGACAGGGAAGAACUAGCAUCAUAUAUGUCUCGGUUUGAGCCUAUUGAUAUGCAUGAUGAGGGUACUUCAGACAUUAGUGCACCUGAGCUUGUAAUUCCUUGUGAAAAUGGGGGAAAGGGUGCUGCUGCAAAGCCUUUGGAAGGUCUAAUAGUUGGUAAUGGAAAUACCACUAAUGGUGGCUUUUUGUCCUGUAGAAAUAGAAAAAUUGAGUCAAAUGCAGACCCUUCAAUGGCGAUAGCAGCUGAUGAAGUCAAGCAUAUCAACAAGAAAUAUUUUAGCUCAUACGGUUCAUUCGGCAUUCACAGAGAGAUGAUAAGUGACAAGGUGAGAACAGACGCCUACAGACAAGCUAUUUUGGAAAAUCCUUCUCUUCUAAGAAAUGCAGUUGUUAUGGACGUUGGUUGUGGGACAGGCAUUCUAAGCCUAUUUGCAGCCCAAGCAGGAGCUUCAAGAGUUAUUGCAAUUGAAGCCAGCGAUAAGAUGGCUGCAGUAGCUACUCAGAUUGCAAAAGACAAUGGCUUUCUGCAAAACGGAAUAAUUAGUGACGGCAGUCGACAAAAUGGUUUUAUUGAAGUGGUUCAAGGCAUGGUUGAAGAACUAGACAAUGAUGAUCAAAUCCAACCGCAGAGUGUGGAUGUGUUGUUCAGUGAGUGGAUGGGAUAUUGUCUGCUUUAUGAAUCAAUGCUCACAUCUGUACUGUUUGCUCGGGAUAAGUGGCUGAAACCUGGAGGCGCCAUUCUCCCUGACACAGCUACCAUGUUUGUAGCUGGAUUUGGAAGAGGAGCCACCAGUAUCCCAUUCUGGGAGAAUGUGUAUGGUUUUAAUAUGUCUUGUAUUGGUCGGGAGGUUGAUGAAGGUGCUGCUCAGGUUCCUAUUGUUGAUGUGAUAGACAGUUGCAAUAUUGUCACAAGCACUGAAGUUCUUCAGUCCUUUGAUCUGGUGACCAUGCAGCCGAAGCAAAUGGAUUUUACAGCUGUAGUCGAACUAGAACCAAAGUCAAAAGAACCAAACGAGGUUACUUGGUGCCAUGGCCUUGUCUUGUGGUUCGAAACUGGAUUUACUGAGAGAUUUUGUCGCGAAAAGCCAGUUGUCUUAUCCACAUCACCUUAUCAUCUGAGCACACACUGGUCACAAACUGUCCUCACAUUCAGAGAGCCCAUUGCAAUGGUGUGCCCACAUAAACCAGUGGCGGUUACCGAUGGUAAGAAUUUUUUACCUGCCACGAAGAUACAGUCUCGUUUAAGUAUAGUCAGAGCUUCUCAACACCGUAGCAUAGACAUUUCCAUGGAGCUCACGGGAAUUGGGCCCGGCGGUCAAAAACAUUUGUGGCCGGCACAGAUUUUCAAUCUCAACUGACAAAUGAAUCGAUUUUUUUUUUUUCGCUCUUGCAUGGGAGAAGUGAAUUGUGUGAGAUAGUAAACAGCUUUGCUGCUAUACAUAAAUGAUUUUUACGGGCAGCUGAGGUUUGUGAAAUGAGUUGUAUAAGUUCUGCUUUUAUCUUCGUGAGAAAAUUUGAAUGCAUUUUCUUUUAUCCUUAAAUUUGUCGGCUUUAAUUCCUGUUGUCUAUUGGAAAAGUUAAAUAUUAGGCAUUUUUUCAAUUAUUAUUUUUCCAUCAAAUUCUCUCUACGUAUACUACUCUAGCAUCUGUAUUGC